GUCGGUUCACUCGCUUCAAGCAUGGUCACAUCCCUACACAGGCACCCCUCGAGGUUGGGUGGCCGGUGGCUGCUGGGUCUCCUGGCACAUCUGCUGCUCUGGGGCUCUCCAGGGGCCUGGGCAAGCUACCUGAGGAGAUCCUCCAGCUGCAUGCCCAUCCCGCACCGCAUGGCCUUGUGCUACGAUAUCGGCUACUCCGAGAUGAGGAUUCCCAACCUGCUGGAGCAUGAGACCAUGACAGAAGUCAUCCAGCAGUCUUCCAGCUGGCUGCCCUUGCUGGCCAGGGAGUGCCACCCAGAUGCUAGGAUUUUCCUCUGCUCUCUCUUUGCACCAAUCUGCUUGGACAGGCUCAUCUACCCCUGCCGCAGCCUCUGCGAAGCCGUCAAAAGGAGCUGUGCACCCGUCAUGGCUUGUUACGGCUACCCCUGGCCCGAAAUCCUGAACUGCAACAAGUUCCCUGCAGAUCAUGAACUGUGCAUUGCAGCAGUCUCCAUGGAUGAAAAUUCCUCAAGUAGGAGAACAGUGCCYCGAGCCAGUUGCAAGGACUGCGAGCUUGAGGAGGCCAGCACUACCAGGGAAAUCCUGGAAAGCCUCUGUGCCAAUGAUUUUGCAGUGAAAAUCCGAAUCCUGAGGAAGAACACGACCACCACCAUCUCGGAUUUYGACCUGGACCCUUCCAAAGUGGAGGUGUUGAAGCAUGGUCCACUCCUCAGAACUGAAAUCCCUGGCAGGCUCCAGCAGUGGCUGGACAUAGAUGCCACCUGCGCCCACAACAUCAUGCGAGGCACUCACGCAGGGGUCUUUGUUGUAAGUGGUGAAGUACAGAGUGACAAAGUGGUGGUGAACAAGGCCUAUGCCUGGCAGAAGAGGAACAGGAAUCUGCACCAGGCAGUGCGGAGGUGGAAACAUCAUCGCUGCCCUGAACAGGCAGGACGGAAGGUUUGAAAAAUCUCAAUUCCAGCAAUACGAAACUGCUCCCUUCCCUAUGGCUAGAAAACUCCUUUCCCUGGCAGGUGGUGUUUUGGAGAUGUACAGUCAUAUUUCUAGGUGAUUUGAAGCAGUCAUAGUGCACAGAUAGGGCUUCACUACAGAUCCCUGUUUUACCAAGACAGAGCUUAAGGAUGCAGGUUUAACAUGUUCCUCUCACAAGGCUCUGUAGAUCCAAAAUGCACAAUGUUCAGCUUUGCGUAGGAUCCAACAUCACAACAAAACUGAACUAUGCAGGUGAAGGCAAACUAGAGGAAACCUUUAAUAGCAGUUCCUUCUAGUUCUCAUAUCAGAGCUGGUAUUUCAGAUUUUUAUUUGACCCCUGACAUUGAUGCUGUCCAAAUGCUGGCUUGCUUUCUGUCCAGAGACUACAUGAAAGUCUCCCCGACUGCUAAGUGAUACUUUUUAUUUAAUGGAGCAAAUACGUUACUCCUGAACAGUCUGAGGUSAAUUAAGGGGGAGAAGAACCCACCCCAGCAAURCCCAGCCUCUAAAAAACUGCAUGCUGAACUCAGCUAUUAAGUCAGGCUGUCCCUUCAGCUUCCUGCACUUUCACACAUGUGAAAGGAAACAGCCAUUCUCAAGUAGGAAAGGCACAGAGCAGAUAGCUCAGGGYUUCUGCAUAACACGGAAAAACAUUUUUCAGCAUCAGAAAUUCAGUGUUGAUCAGAAGAUUCUGGGGAUAUCACAAGAACCUUGAGAAAAAGCAGAGCAUGAGUGAGAYAUCAGCUGUUCAAAGCUCUGCUUUGGUGUGAACAGCAGCUUUGCUUGGGACUGGGAGGUGUCCCAGCCCCAGCACUGCAGGAUAUUGCAGUUCUGAUAUGAGAGAAGGGGAGAAACCUUCCACAGCUGCCUGGCCUUCUACCUGUACAUAAAGAAGAUAGAAAAUAUGGGAAAAUUCAGUCCCACCAAGUUCUCUGCAGCUCACUCUCUCACCCAAACAGGACUGUCACUCCCUGGAUAUACACUGUGCUGGRUAUUCACUGUGCUCCAGAUCACAGAGUAGAAAACAGCAAAUCCCCAAAGGAGAAAACGAGUUGGAUUUCUACCACCUAACAAAGCRCUGUCCAUGGAAAAUUUUCUAUAUUAGCUUGAACCUGGGGCUGAAAUUUAAAAACAAAAAAAACAAAAAAACAAAAAAACAAAGAGGAAAAACCAGCCUUUGGAAGGAAUACUUUCUGUCUUGUUGGUGAAGCCUGCAGUGCUGGCUGUGCAGACACCAAGGUCUGCUGGAGACACAUYGGUCUGCUGGAGAUACAUUGCCUCCCUGUGCUCGAAAAGCAAACCAACAACCCAUGCUGUGGGCUCCUCCUCACUCUGGUGUGGGCUGAAAUGAGUGCUCAGACACACACACUGUAAUUCAGCUGUGCCCUGACAUUUGUGCAGUGAUUACUUCUCUUCCCCGAGGCUCAGAAGAAAAACACAGUGAAAUUUCCUAUUUUUAUUCCUCCCCACUGUCUCAUCUUAGAAACUGCUGCCCAAUCCACAGAAUCUGCUGUCAGGUGGUCCCUGUAAUGGCAGUAUCUUCUGAUCAGACUGCAUUUGGAAAACGCAACAGAACACAUAAAAGCUMUGAAGGUUGAAAAGGCUUUGUCUGAUUUGUUUUCCAUUAGUAGGGCUAUUUGAUUACUAGUGUUUCCCAACUGAAAACUGCACAGAUGGUCUGACUUACAAGCUUUAGAAAUGAUGCCUUAUAGCCAGAGGGGGGGAAAAAUAGGGCAGGGAUUUUUUCAUAGCUCCAUAAAAUACGCUUGGGUUCCAUGCAGAUGUGACUUACCCACAUUUUAAAAAACAAACCUAAAGUUCCCCUACGGCUCCCACCCCAUGCUCCGAAGCCCAGGGAACACAUKAAAUCAUUCAUGAGUGUCUGCUGCUGUGGUCCCACUGCAGCCUGCUCUACUCAAAGCAAAGAUG